GGGCAGAGUUUGUUUCCCCGGUGACGCGGCUGGGCUGCGGGUCUGAUUCUGCGGCGCGGGGGCUGAGGCCUGCUGAUGGCGGAGGAGGCCGCCGGUGGCGCCCGCCGCGGCGGGGAGGAGCUGGAGGCGGCGGCGGCGGAGCGGGGCCCGGGCGCGGCCUAUCACAUGUUUGCGAUGAUGGAGGAUCUGCUGGAGAAGCUGAAGCUGCUGAACUACGAGGAGGAGGCGCUGCGGCGCCACCAUUUGCGGCCCUUGUCCAGGCACUACUUUGCAUUGCCCGUUAAUCCCGGCGAGCAGUUCUACAUGUUUUGCAUUCUUGCUGCUUGGCUGAUUACUAAAGCAGGACAUCCCUUCGAACAGCCGCAAGAAUAUGAUGACCCCAACGCAACAAUAUCAAACAUACUCUCAGAGUUGCGAUCAUUUGGGAGGUCUGUGGAUUUUCCUCCUUCAAAGUUAAAGGCAGGUUAUGGAGAGCAAGCAUGUUAUGUUCUUGAUUGUUUAGCUGAAGAAGCCUUGAAACAUACUGACUUUAGCUGGAAAAGACCAGCAUACCCAACAGAGGAGCUAGAAGAAGAAGCAAUAACAGAAGAUGAUGCAGAAUUGACACUUAAUAAACUGGAGGAAGAAAUUGAUGAAGAAGAGACAGACAAUGAAGAAAACUUUAUUGAUCUGAACGUUCUAAAGGCACAAACCUAUAGAUCAGAUAUGAAUGAAUCCACAAAACAAGAAGAGAUUUUAGAGUCCACAACAGAUGCAGCAGAGUGGAACCUGGAAGUGGAACGUGUUCUUCCACAACUGAAAGUUACAAUCAGAACUGACAAUAAGGAUUGGAGAAUCCACAUAGAUCAAAUGCAUCAGCACAAAGAUGGAAUCGAAUCUGCUUUAAAAGAGACUAGGGGUUACCUUGACAAACUUCAUAAUGAAAUCAGUAGGACCCUUGAAAAGGUCAACAGUCGAGAAAAGUACCUCAACAAUCAGUUGGAGCAUUUGGUUCAGGAAUAUCGUACAGCACAAGCCCAUCUGAGUGAGAGGGCCUGGGGUUCAGGACUGCUGAGUUCCAUCCCAAUUCUGACAAACUCACUGUGGUUUUGGGCCAAAGAGAAAUACCAGCAGGGAAGUGGAGGAGUAACAGAAAGGACUCGAACUCUUUCUGAGAUUACUGAAGUGUUAGAAAAAGUAAAGCAGGAAAUGGAAGAGAAGGGAAGCAGUAUGACUGAUGGAGCUCCUUUAGUAAAAAUUAAGCAGGCCUUAACCAAACUGAAGCAGGAAACAAUUCAGAUGGACAUACGGAUUGGUGUAGUAGAACACACGUUACUCCAGUCAAAGCUGAAGGAGAAGUCAAAUAUGACUAGAGAUAUGCAUGCAACUAUGAUUCCUGGAACUACAAUAGGUGCCUAUUAAAGUUGCUUGGAAUUUACUUGUAUUUCAGACAAAUCAAUUUUUUUAUAACUUGUUUUUUUUACAAUAUGCUUUUCAUGCAUUUUAGGGUGUUGCAGAUGUGACAUAGCACUUUAGGCUCUAUAAAUGAAGCCAUGUUGUAUUUUUUGACUUAAAGGCUUUCAAACUUAUUGCAAGUCUUUUAUAAAUACAUUAAUAAAUUCUCAUUAACUAACUUGUCUCUUCUACUGCACUGUAGUAUGUUAAGUCAUAUAAAAAUCUAUUGACACAGCCUAUAAUCUUCAAGUCUUGAUUAGAUAUUGUGUGAUGAAAGAAAAUUACUUUUGGAAGGCUUUGAAAGGAAUUUUAAAAUGUCUGCUAUUUUUUCCAUUUACAUAUGAUUAACAUUAGUAUUUAAUUGCUGACAUUGGAAUAAUACAACACUACCCUUGCUAGAGACCUGGAUCAAAUCUGAUUCUGGCUGCAAGUGAAAGUAAGUUGUUUGGUCCCCUCCCAGUCCCUAUUUGAAUUUUAUGUAUAGAACAAAAUAACCUCCAUGUUUGACACAAUUGGGGAUGAUGGAUAGACUCUUCUGAGGAGGUUUUGAUGAGAUUAGAAGGGCUGUUAUAAAUCAAAAUCUCAGCUCUUUGCAAGGCAGUUGUUAGUGUCAUGACUCCAUCAGGACCUACAUGUCCUCACUUCGAUAAGCAUGGUAGUAUCAUCUACUGGCAAGUGCACCUGAAAAAUGCAUAAGACCUUGCUUCUAUUCCCAGCUCUGCCAUUGAUUUGCUGUGUGAGACCGUGCAUUGUUCUUGUAACUUCUCUAUGCAUCAGUAACAUUUAUCUGUAAAACUGUGAUAACAAAUGGUUAAAUCUCCUUACAAUUGUGGUUGAGAUCUGUGGAUGAAAAGUGCUAACGUUUAUUUAAUUCAAGAAACAUAUUGGUGAUAUUUCUGAGAGACUGACUACACACAGAUUCAGUCACAAUUUGGGGAAUUCUGAAUUUGAUGUGCCUUCCUAGAUUAAGGGUUGAACGUUAUGCAAUACGUCAUUGGAAAAGUUAUUUUUCUCUACAUUUUUAGUAGUUUAACCUGUGACCUUGAUUUCUUGAUCAGAUGCAUAUUCCUAAUGCACUCAUUCUUGAAAUAAGUACUUCCCCUAGUUUAUUUCUAUAAGGACAUAAUAUUACCCUGGCUACACGCCCAUAUAGUACAGUGUAGCUAGUAGUAGCUUUUGGCUGGUGGGGAGAGGAGCACCUUAUGCAGGUUGCUGCUACUUCCUCCAUUCAGAGGGGUGGGUUGUGGUAGAGCCUUGGCUCCACCCCCCAACAUGCUGGCCUGCACAGUCUCGCUGUUGCAGAGGAGGAAGUAAUGUGUGUCAGGUAUAGGACUAGUACAGAUUACUCCUUCCAUGGAGCAAUGGGAGAAGCAAGGACUGGACUGAGACAGUCAUAGCCUAAUCCUGGGGCAUCCCAGCUAUAUACUGCUAUUACUUUGUGCUAGUGGCAAAGUCAUAGUUGAGCCCUAAAUGAGUGUGUGGAUGCAUGACCCCUUCCUUUUUACUAUGAUUGUUCCAUGAGUGCUCCUCUGUGGUUUGCAUAUACCUUGUUCUCAAGUUCUUUAUCCUUUUUUGGAUGCUCAUUCAAAAAACAUAAAGAAGGCCAACACACAUCCCCUUUGAAAUUUCAGAACACCCAAAGCACUGUUUAGCAGCUACAUCUAAAUUAAACACAAUACUUGGU